CCUUCCUUCCUUCCUUUCUUCGUCGUCUCGUCGGAUGAUUCCUCUUUAGAUCGAACGACCGCGUGACCGCGUCGGACAGUACUUACGUAACUCUCCUAACCCUGGCCCUGAGCCAGCGUGGAAACGUACGUUUCGAAUGCAUCGCUUUUAGGGUCGUGCGAAGUGCAAGACGUCUUUCGCUCGUCUGGGGGAGGAGUGCCAGGCGGAGUGGUCGCGAUCGAUUGGUUGAAAUUUAAAAUCUCCGAUUCAGGUGAAUCAGGAUUUCCUGAUCGGUGGCUAGUUUGUUCCCGUUAUCAUAAUGCCUCGAUCGCCCGUUUCAAUAUCGAAUUAGCGAUAAUCACGGUUAUCGUAAUCUGACCUUUGUAUUACAGACUACACAAUUAAGUAAACAUGGGUGUUCCGGCGGGUGAUCCAGAGAAAGGAAAGAAGCUCUUUAUUCAGAGGUGCGCACAAUGCCAUACUGUCGAAGCGGGUGGCAAACACAAAGUAGGCCCUAAUUUACAUGGGCUUAUAGGUAGGAAAACUGGGCAAGCUCCAGGUUUUCUAUAUACCGACGCCAACAAAGCGAAAGGUAUCACCUGGAAUAAGGAUACCCUGUUCGAGUAUCUAGAAAACCCAAAGAAAUACAUUCCCGGCACAAAAAUGGUGUUCGCCGGUUUGAAGAAACCGCAGGAGCGGGCUGAUCUUAUCGCUUAUUUGGAACAAGCGACUAAGUAGGCACAUCUCCCCGUGCAUGCUACCGAUCGCGGAAAUCGCGACGAACGCGAGCGAGCGCGCGCGAGACGCCGCGCGUGGCACGAGUCGCGAUAUUAGUACGAUUAUCAUCUCAUCACGUUUUCCGUCACCUCACUCGUGUUCAUCUUUAACGGACUCUCCUCUCGAUGGUACUCAAAAGCGUUCGCAAUACGUGUUCGACUAGUAAAUGAAUUGUUAUUGUAUUGUUGAUAAGUAGGUAAUUGCAAAUAUGUACAUUGCAUAUGUGACACAGGGAUCGGGCUAGAUCCUGAUCCUGCUUUCUCUUUCUCCUUCAUUACACCGAAGAGAUAUUCUCAAGAGCGCUAACGCCCGCCACACGAGUGGUUGAGCCACUCUUCCGCGGACCCCCGCGUCCUCAACUAUUUAUUAUCAUUGUACCGAUCGUAUCAUGCAACGAGUGUUGAUCUGUAAAUCAAAGACAAAAUACAGACUAGGUAAUUGAAAAUU